AAAAAUGACGUUUGAAUUAUGUCAUAUGUCACAACCACACAAACAGAAGACAAAUUUGUUUUACCAAAAUUAAAGUUGAAACCAUUACUCUGUUUUAAUUUUUAAUAUGAUAGCUUUAUACUAAAUAUAUCCAUAAAGUUUCAUGGGAGUGUUGAAUAUAUUUGUCUUACAAAAUGAUUUCUUUCUAUCGGUAUUAUCACAUGUCAUGUGCAUUGUAUAAUUUAAAAAAGCAGGGUAUGAAACUUUGUAAAAUGGUUAAUCCGAAAACGAAACGGCAAUGGUAUCCACAAAUAGAAGCUCCUGCAAUGCCCAGUCUUAAAAGUUUAACCAAAGUAAAGAAUGAACCGGGGAAGCGUGGUAUACGUAGAAUGGCGAUGCUUAAUAAAAUGUUCAUGAAACAGAUAACAGACAUGAUGUCUACAGGCACUGUUGCAAUGGAUAUUGUUGGUCGGGGAAUUGAAAUUUCAAAAGUAAACAUAUCCCCAGACUUUCAAAGAGUGAAUGUGUUCUGGGUUUGUAAAGGUGAUACAACAGAUGAGGAGACUGAGACUCUUCUCAAUAAGACCGCUGGUGCUCUGAGACAUGAACUAUCUACUUUAAGAGUUAUGGGCCAAGUUCCAUACAUCAGUUUUGUCAAAGAUCAUCAGGAAGCUCGACUAGUGGAUCUUGAUCGUUGUUUGGCCGCCGCAGAUUAUGGAGAGGAUUUUAAAGCGACGGAUAUGGGACAUAUACUAAAGAGCGAAUUUACUUUAGUUACGAAACUAUCUGCAGAAAUGAAGGCUAAAAUUCAACGAAUAGAAGAAGAGCUACCUAUAGAAGACGAUGCUAUACCAGAAAUGACACACAAUGUGUAUGGACUUGAUCACGCUAAAAUCAUGAGCAGGCUUCUCGCAGCCAGGAAGAAAAGCAGAGACGCGUGGCAGAAUUUAGGAAAUGAUUCAGUGAUAUCGUAUAGAGUAGUAAGUCAGGAGAGUAAACCACCGGAGGUUAAUACAACUAGCCAAAGUAAGGAGUUGGCAGAGUUCUUACAGAAGAGACAGAUUUUACAAAACAAAUUGUCGAAACAAUUGCGUAGUUCAAACGUGGACUGGAUGGCUCACGACAAAGAGGAUGACAAUGAAGAAGAAAUCAUUUACGAUGAUGAAUACGAAGACGAACUGUUUUAUGAAGAAGAUGACUUUUAUCAAGAAAACUCUCAGUAUGAAGCGAAGGAUAGUAAAAGUUUAAAUUGAUAUUUAUUUUAUUAGUUGAAUAAAUUAUUUUAACUGUU